AACUUAGUAUGGACAAACCUAUUUGGGUGGAUGGAUGACAUUGAUUUGAUUUGGAAACCCUGAAAUCCCCAUAGUUCCUGGAAAAUUCCCCUCUGAUGAACUGCUUCUCCCAAUUCUCUACCUACACUCGCGCCAUUUUCAGAACCACCAAUCUUGCUUUUGCAGCUUCCACCUCCAUUCAUGGCUGCCGCUUUAAUCUCUACUGGACCUCGAGCUUUCACAGCGUCACUCUUAAACCUACUCCUUUAGACUCCUUGUGUUCCAGAUUUUGUCUACGUUGCUACUCCUCUCGAAAACUCCGCAAGGGCGCUUCUCCUUCUCCCAACUUAGAUUCUAAACCUCCCAUGGAACCAGACAUGGGCGACUUCUUUGUCGUUCGGAAGGGGGACGUUGUUGGAGUCUAUAAAAGUUUUACUGACUGUCAGGCGCAAAUUGGAUCUUCGAUAUGCGAUCUUCCUGUUAGCGUGUAUAAGGGACACUCAUUGCCGAAAGACACAGGGGAAUAUCUUUCUUCCGUCGGGCUUAAGAAUGCUCUGUACACUAUUAAAGCUGCAGAUAUGAGACCUGAUCUUUUCAGUUCGCUCGUUCCUUGCACUUUUCAUGAUGAAGCUACUACUCUUAAAGGUGAGGCUUCUGGCCAGGAUGCCAUAAAGAAGAGAUCAAGAGAGACCAUUGUAUCAGAAAAUAUUGGGUCAACUGUUUUAACUCCUACUUCAAAAGAUCCCUUGAGGAAACAUGUCAAGUUGGAAGAUUCCGUUGUGUCCCAAGCACCCUCUAACCAUGAAUCUUGCUUUCUAGAAUUCGAUGGUGCCUCAAAGGGAAACCCUGGGCAAGCUGGUGCAGGAGCUGUUCUACGAGCUCAUGAUGGGAGUGUGAUAUGUAGACUGCGUGAAGGCCUAGGUAUAGCAACCAAUAAUGUUGCUGAAUAUCGAGCAAUUCUUUUAGGGUUGAAGUAUGCACUUGAGAAAGGGUUUACUAGGAUCCAUGUCCAAGGCGACUCCAAACUUGUCUGUAUGCAGGUUCAAGGAUUAUGGAAGGUAAAAAAUGAGAAUAUCGCUGAGUUAUGUAAUGAAGUUAUGAAGCUGAAGGAUAAAUUUCUCUCCUUCGAGAUCAGUCAUGUACUAAGGAAUCUAAACUCUGAAGCCGAUGCUCAAGCAAACUUGGCUGUCACUCUACCAGACGGCGAAGCCCAAGAAUUUGAAGAAUAAUAGUUAGAAUGCACGGCAGGAUACAUCUUACAGCAUAGAAUUAUUUUCUGAGGAAUGCAUUUAUAGUCCAAUGCUUUGUAUGCUACUAUUCUUUUCCCAAGGUUGACACGAUCUUUGGGCAUUGUUUCGGUUGCUCGCUUAUGCUUCAUGGCCCUGACUUAGCGAACUGAAGUUCUAGUGGCAAUGGACUGGACAGUGCACAAGUGCGUUUGUCCUGCAUAUAUGAGAUAAGAGUCCUAGUUCAAUUUAUAACUGGAAUGUUGCAUUUAUUUUCUUAUUCGUGUUACCAGUUGAUUAGGCAAUGAUGCAGACUAUAAUCGAGAAUUAAAGAACACAAAUUUUGGAUUGUUCAAUGAAGAUCUUUGAGAAAGACGUUUUUUUUUUUCUGCUUCAGCCAUCGAGGAUUGUCAAACUUUGUAGCUUUUUCUCUUGUUUAAGUCUCGAUUAGAUCUUCUAUUC